AACGCAGAGAGGCUUUGAUGAUCAGAAGGUGGAAAAAUUUGCGAACAAUUCGACUGAAAGCGAGGAAAAAUUAUCGGUGAAUAAACAGCGUAUGAAGUUCUUCUAAAUAUACGUUCAGCUGCAUAAAGUUCCCCAAAAUGGAGGGCAUUUGCAACACUUCUAACGCUACUGUUUGCACCUUCAAUCAGUCGAGUCCCGACGAUUUUGGGUUCGGAUUCGACCAUCAGCUGCUGCACAAUAUCGUCUCGGUCGUCGUGCCGCUCCUAUUCGGGGUUAUCGGGAUCGUCGGACUCCUCGGAAACUUUCUUGUUGUCAUCGUCGUAGCGGCAAAUCCUGGAAUGCGAUCUACGACGAAUUUGCUGAUAAUAAAUCUCGCCAUUGCCGAUCUCUUGUUUGUGAUAUUUUGUGUACCGUUCACCGCGACAGACUAUGUCUUGCCUUUCUGGCCGUUUGGAAAUUUAUGGUGCAAAGUUGUUCAGUAUUUAAUCAUCGUCACUGCGUGCGCCAGUGUUUAUACUCUGGUCCUCAUGAGUCUCGACAGGUACCUCGCUGUGGUCCACCCCAUAGCCUCGAUGUCCGUGCGAACAGAAGCCCACGCAUUUUUCGCAAUAUGUAUUGCGUGGGCGGUCAUUCUGACGGCCUCGAUUCCAGUUCUCAUCAUGCACGGCGAGAUUUGCUUUGUCUUCCAGGAUCAGUACAAUUCCACAACGGAGCAGGUGACGGCCUGCCGAUUCCUGCCUCAGUUCAACUGGCCGAUGUUCCAAGUGACGUUCUUCCUGACCAGCUACAUCAUCCCCUUGACCCUAAUCUGCGGCCUCUACGUCUGCAUGCUGCUCAGGCUCUGGAAAGGAGCUCACGUCAGCGCCGAAAGCAGACGCGGCAAAAGACGAGUCACCAGGCUCGUUUUGGUCGUCGUUGGAGUUUUCGCAAUCUGCUGGUGUCCCAUUCAGAUGAUCCUGGUGAUAAAGUCCCUGGAUCUUUAUCCGAUGUCGGCAGCCGCAGUUAUGGUCCAGAUAGUUAGCCACGUCCUGGCCUACACGAACAGCUGCGUCAACCCGAUCCUCUACGCAUUUCUCAGCGAUAACUUUCGCAAAGCAUUCCGCAAGGUUAUCUACUGCAGACCUCGCCCCGAUCCUCAUCAUCGCCUCGGAGGACCGUCGACGAAAACAACCCGAGCAGCCAGCACGGGUGACAUACUAUAGGUUAGAAUGAAGCUAGGCAACAAAUUGUUACACCGCAACGUGGAUGUAAAGGUAACUGAGUUAUAAAACAUGAUAUAUAU